GGGGCGGGGCGUGCCUGACAAUGGGCCGGGCCGGCGGAGUUGGAGCAAGUUCGUGGUGCUGCAUCCUCCGGGGCGAGGGGUGAGGGUCGUCGCCACCAGUCCCGCGGCAGCCUCCCCCGAGCCGCGUCCUGCGCGGAGCCCGCCGUGCCGUGCCGAGCCGAGCCGAGGGUCCUGCCCCGGCCGCAGCCCGGGAUGUGGGCAGCCAAGGACGGCGCCGGGCGGCGCCUGCUGCGGAGCCUGCUGUGCCUCGUGCCGGCCCUGCUGGCGCCGGCUUCAGGGUCCCGUCCUCGGCUUGAAGACUCCUCUCCCCGGAUAGUAGAACACCCCUCUGACCUCAUAGUCUCCAAGGGGGAGCCAGCUACGCUCAACUGCAAAGCUGAGGGGCGCCCCACCCCAAUAAUAGAGUGGUACAAAGAUGGCGAGCGGGUGGAGACAGACAAAGAGGACCCCCGUUCCCAUCGCAUGCUGCUGCCCAGUGGCUCCCUCUUUUUCCUGCGCAUUGUGCACGGCAGGAGGAGCAAGCCUGAUGAGGGGGUGUACGUCUGCGUGGCCAGGAACUACCUGGGCGAGGCUGUAAGCAGGAAUGCAUCGCUGGAAGUAGCCAUCCUGCGCGAUGACUUCCGUCAGGCUCCCAGUGACGUGGUGGUGGCAGCUGGUGAGCCUGCUGUGAUGGAGUGCAUCCCCCCCCGUGGGCACCCCGAGCCCACCAUCUCCUGGAAGAAGAAUAGCAUCCGGAUCAGUGAUAAAGAUGAGCGCAUCACAAUCCGAGGUGGUAAGUUGAUGAUGUCCAAUACCAGGAAAAGUGAUGCUGGCAUGUACAUCUGUGUGGCCACCAACAUGGUGGGGGAACGGGACAGCGAACCGGCUGAGUUGGUGGUGUUUGAGCGCCCCACGUUCAUCAGGAGGCCCAUGAACCAGGUGGUGCUUGCUGAGGCCACUGUAGAUUUCCACUGUGAGGUGCAGGGUGACCCCAUGCCAACGUCCCGCUGGCGCAAAGAGGAAGGGGAGCUACCGCGAGGCAGGUCAGAGAUCCAGAAUGACAACACCUUGCGGAUCAGCCGAGUCAGUGCUGAGGAUGAGGGAACCUACACCUGUGUGGCAGAGAACAGCGUGGGCAGAUCAGAGGCCUCUGGCUCCCUGACCAUCCAUGUUGGCCCGUUCCUUCCACCCCAGCUAGUGACUCGCCCUCGGGACCAGAUUAUAGCUCAGGGCCGCACUGUGACGUUUCAAUGCGAAACCAAGGGAAACCCGCCACCGGCAGUGUUCUGGCAGAAGGAGGGCAGCCAGAUCCUGUUGUUUCCCAGCCAGCCCCCUCAGUCCAUGAGCCGUUUCUCUGUGGCCCCAAGUGGGGAAAUGACCAUCAGAGAUGUGCAGACAGCAGACUCUGGUUACUAUAUGUGCCAAGCCAUCAGUGUGGCAGGGAGUAUCCUGGCCAAGGCCCUGCUGGAGGUGGAGGAUGUGAUGUCAGAUCAUAUCCCACCAAUUAUCUGCCGAGGGCCGAUCAAUCAGACAUUUGCUGUCGACUCAACCGCCCAGCUGCAGUGCUACGUGACUGGAAAUCCUGUGCCUAGCAUACAGUGGCUGAAAGAUGGGCAAAAGGUUGUGGGCAGCGAUCCCAGAGUCAGCUUGCUGGACAACGGAACUCUGCAAAUCACAAACCUGCAGGUAGCAGACUCGGGGCUGUACAGCUGUGUCGCUACCAGCUCGACUGGGGAGACAACGUGGAGCGGGGCCCUGGUGGUGCAAGAGAAUGGGGCUGACCUCCAUGUGCAGCUGCCAGAGCCAAACCUUCUGCCUGGGCCCCCAGCUGUCCCACUUGUUACCGAUGUCACCAAGAACAGUGUGACCCUGGUCUGGAAGCCGAGCCCCCAGAGCGGGGGAGCUGCAGUCACUUCAUACAUCAUUGAAGCAUUCAGCCAGUCUGCAGGCAGCACCUGGCAGACCGUGGCAGACAACGUGAAGGUGGAAAAGCACACAGUGAGUGGCCUGGACCCCAACACCAUCUACCUCUUCCUCAUCCGGGCUGUCAACUCCUAUGGGCUGAGUGACCCUAGUCCCGUCUCAGAACCAGUGCGCACCCAAGAUGUCAGCCCCACCCGGCAGGGUGUGGAUCACCGGCAGGUGCAGCGCGAGCUCGGGGAAGUUGUGGUGCAGCUCCAAGAACCCAUCAUUCUCACCUCAACCACCAUCCAAGUGACCUGGACUGUGGAUCGCCAGGCCCAGUUCAUCCAGGGCUAUCGGGUGUUGUACCGCCUGCGAGGUGGUGCCUGGCUGGCACAGGAUGUGCAGGCGCCUGCUGAGCGCAGUGCUGUGCUGGAGGAGCUGCACAAGGGCCAGGAGUAUGAGCUCAAGAUCCGGCCAUACUUUGAUGAGUUCCAGGGAAUGGACAGUGAGGUGCUGACAGUGCACAUGCCUGAGGAAGCCCCCAGCGCCCCGCCUCAGGCAGUUACCGUGGUAACGCUGGGGACCAGCAACAGCACAAGCAUCAGUGUGUCAUGGGAGCCACCCCCUGUAGGAGACCAGAAUGGGAUCAUCCAGGAUUACCGGAUCUGGUGUCUGGGGAAUGAAAGCCGCUUCCACAUCAACAAGAGCGUGGAUGGCACGGUGCUCUCAACAGUGCUGCAGGGGCUGGUCCCUGGUAUACUCUACCGCACCGAGGUGGCGGCUGCCACCAGUGCCGGGGUAGGCGUGAGGAGCACACCUGUCACCAUCCAGAUCAACCCUUUCCUGGAGCAGGACUCGGUGCCCGUUGGCAGUGGGGAGAACAUGAGCCUGGCAGAGCAGAUCACAGAUGUGGUGAAACAGCCGGCCUUCAUCGCAGGCAUCGGUGGUGCCUGCUGGGUCAUCCUGAUGUGCUUUAGCAUCUGGAUCUAUUGCCGUCGAAAGAAGAGGAAGGAACUGAGCCACUACACAGCCUCCUUUGCCUACACACCAGCAGUCUCCUUCCCACACACAGAGGGACUGACCUGUGGCAAUGGCAGACCUGCCAUGCUGGCCAUGGCCACCAGUGCUUCCAACUACCCAUGGCUGGCAAAUUCGUGGCCUGCACCCAAUCUGCUGCGUAAUGAGAAGGCCAAGAGGCCUGGCAUGACCUGCUGCACAGGAAACCAUGAUGUCACAGAGAGAUACUACAAUGAUUCUGGGAUCUCCAAUUACAUUGCUCAAGCAGAGAAGUUUGGGGCAGGUGCAUCUGAUGGACCCAUUUACAGUACCAUUGACCCCACCAGCGAUGAGCUGAGGACCUUCAAUGGGGUGUUUUCCCAGCAUACAACACCUUACGCCACCACUCCCGUGGUGCCGUAUGGGGCCCAGAGCCUGCCCUCCCCCAGUGAGGAGAGACACUGGGAUGCCCAGCCCAGCACCUCCAGUAUCCAGUAUUCACAGCCAGAGUGGAGCAGGGUAGAGAAUGCAGCUAAAAAUGGCAAAGCAAAAUCAGUGGGGAAGCCUGUGAAAAUGCCAUCGCUAAACUGGGCAGAACUGCUGCCCCCACCCCCCACAGCCAGCGAGCUGAGCCAGUGUGCUGAGGACGAGGAAGACGAGGAUGAAGACAAGGACGAGGAGCUGGCUGUCUGCUCGGAGAUGGAGGAGUGGUGCCCGCCGCUGCCUGAGCGCACCUACCUGAUGGAGAACAUCCAGGAAGAGGACUGGCCCCCACCCCAUGGGGAGGCCUCCUCACCCGCCAACUCAUAUGGGCAGCAGUCCACUGCUACACUGACGCCCUCACCCCAUGAUGAGGCGAGAGCUGCCGAGGACAUCCCCAGGCUCCAUCACUUUGAAGUCCCCCACCUGCCCCGGCAGUUGCCAAAUGACCCAGGGCUAUUGCCUAGGGCCCCAAGUCCCCCCUUCACCCAGUCUAACCCCAGCUUCAGUGCUCUUGAGGAGGGGACUGAUGGCCACACACCCAGACAUGGAUACAAGCGCAAUCUGAGCCAGACCUUGGCACACAGUGUGGAGAACAUCAGCUCCCCGAACACAGGUAAAGUCCACUGUAACCCCAGUGAUGUGUCACUUGCCCCAGCACAGAAAGCAAGAGUCAAGAAGAAGGCCAAGCCCAGCCACUAUCGUCGAGAGAAGCAGCAGGGAGACCUGCCGCCACCCCCUUUGCCACCACCCAGUGAGGACUCUGCCUUCCCUGGGACAGCUGCACCAUGCCCGGACUACGGUAUCUCCCCUUUGGAGAGGGACACAAAUGGCACCACAUCUGCAGAACGGAGAGCAGGCCAUCGGACAGCACUGGAUCAGCACAACCACCUGCACCGAGAUGAGGAAGAGAUCAUUCCCUACAGCAAGCCCACCUUCCUCUCCAGAAGUCAGGUGUCCAGCAAUUGCUCUACAACAGGUAGCUCCUCCUCCAAGGGCUCCACAGGAUCCAGAGGGCAUGGAUGGAGCAGGACAGCAGGGGACCGCAGUGAGGAGAAGAGAUGAAGCUAGUGGCACUGGUUGAAAGGAGCAGAGUAAAGUGACAUGCAGGCUGGGGUCAGGGCUCUGUCCCUUGAAAUGCCAGAGCUGGAGCUCUAGGGCUUAUUCUUGUUUAAUUUAUGACUGUGACUAGAGCCAGGCAGUCCAGUCCCUUGUAAAUAGCUGUGUUUGGAAGACUUUGGCCAGGGCUAGCUUUAUAAUCAGGACAUGGGGUGAGGCCUGAACAGGCCCAUUUUGGUAACAAGUUGGCAUCUCUGCAAAGACAGGUUUGUGCCAUUAGGGCAGGGGUAGGAGUGAGCAGCCUGCCUCCAUCCAGCCAGCUUGUGAUGGACACUGGCAUUUCUUGGCACUACCCACUCCAGCCCAGCCCAGCCAGCUCCUUAUUCAGAGCAGGGAGCAUUUUUCUUAGCUAAUAAACCCUUUUGUAAACUGACCAAUUGUAAACUGACCAAUAAAGCUGUUUGUUAACCUGGA